GGUUGAGCAUAAAUUACGCGCUAGGCAGCUGCGCUCAUUCGCUACCGCGGCCGCUCCAUCGGCAUACUCGCGCUCUCAUUGGUCAGUGUUUUCCGUUAAUAUCUCCUCAACGAAACCUAGGACAACAUUUUCGCUAAGGAAAAAGUUGUUUCAAAUCACCCCAUGAACCACCCCUUUCAAGGUGUUACAACAUUUUUGGGACACCUUGUAUAAAUAUUUGUCAUAUAUCUAUGUUGCACUGUGUGUUCACCAGGGAGGCCAGCCAAGCUACCGUAUUAAAAGUGAUUAAAUGGUUGGUACCAUGACAGAGCGCGUUGGCGUGAAUCAUACUCGCAUUUGAUUGCGUUAGUAAACAGUGUUCAGAGAUUUUUUAUAACAAAACGGUUUGUUACUUUCGCUGUGUAAAUCGUUUCUAAAGUGAAAACAUGUGUUCGACGGAAAGUGGCACCACGAACGAAAGCAUAAAAUACAGUAACGAUGUCGGAGACGCGUUUGGAUGCUCCAGAAACAGUGUCAGUCCCCUUGCGGGCCCUUUACAAAUGGCACCCACAGAACGUUAUGCUACGCAUUACAACAUGAAUCAUUCAAAACGUGGAUUAGCUAUUAUUUUUAAUCAUGAAUUUUUCACUAUUGCACAUCUCAAACCUAGAUGUGGAACAAAUAUGGAUUGUGAAAAUCUUAUCACUACAUUGAACAAUCUUGGUUUUGAAGUAAAUGAUUUUCAUAAUUCAACACAUAGAGAUAUAGUGAGAAAUUUAGAAAGAGUCGCUGGCAUGGAUCAUUCUCAGCAUGACUGUUUGAUUGUAGCUGUAUUGAGCCAUGGAGAAUUAGGAUUACUUUAUGCUCAUGAUACAUCCUAUAAACCUGAUUCCAUUUGGAGCCAUUUCACAGCUGAUAAAUGUCCUACAUUAGCAGGAAAACCAAAGUUAUUUUUUAUACAAGCUUGCCAAGGAGAUAGAUUAGAUGGAGGUAUAACAAUGAAAGACAGAACAGAAACUGAUGGUCUACCUGUUUCCUCAUUUCGUAUACCAAGUCAUGCAGACUUUUUAAUUGCUUAUUCAACAAUACCAGGUUAUUACUCUUGGAGGAAUACUACUCGUGGCUCCUGGUUCAUGCAAGCAUUGUGCAUGGAAUUACGCGAGAAUGCAAUGCGGUAUGACUUGUUAACUUUGCUCACGUUUGUUUGUCAGCGAGUUGCUAUUGAUUUUGAAUCCAAUACUCCUGACAACAUAACAAUGCAUCAACAAAAACAAAUUCCGUGCAUUACUACAAUGUUAACUCGUUUAGUAAAAUUUACACCCGCAAAAAAUGGAGCGGUAUAGUCAUUUUAUACAUGAGAGAUUUAUGCAGUAUAAUAGAUUUUAUACAGCGUGUACCUUUUCAUUGCACUAAUAUCACUACUCUGAGAGUUAAAUGGUAAUAUUUUGUCUGUGCUACUCUCAUUUGUAGUGUGUUUGCAAUGUAUUGCAUUUAAAUGAUAGCAUUUAUCUUAUAAACUGCCAUUAUAUUAUGCAAAAAUUACAUUAUAAGACAAAAACAUUACAGCAAUACAAUAUAAUAGAUUUUAUAGUAUAUAUACAUUUUUGUACUCGUCAAAUUUAAAAAGAAAUCUUACAAAUCAUAUAUCUUUUGCAAGAUUUAUAAAAAAUAUUAUAGAUUUAUAGCGAUAAAAUUUUGAACUAUAACCUUUAUCAUUUUUAAGCCAUUAUAAAGCCACAUAAGGUAAAUAGUGGUCGUACAAAAGUUUAUUAAAAUAUACUUGGGAUAUUAGACAUAAGAUAUUAAAU